ACAAAAAAAAGUGUUUGAUUGAUGAAAGCUUAUCUAAGAUGCCCAGAACAUUAGGUGAGACCUCUGAUAUAAUUUCUGGGACUCUGAAUGACUUUUCAUUAAAGCUGAAACUUCCAAUUUAAAUAACUUUAUUUCAUUUACUCUAUGCCAAAAUUAUUGAAACUGAAGAUUUUGCUUUCAGGUUUGGAACAACUUUAUAGCUGAAAAUUGUUCAUCAGUUCUGCUGGUCACAAAUUCAGACAUAAUUGGGAACAUAUCCAUAUCAACCUCUUCCUUUUUCCUGUGACACGUAAUGAGGGAGGAGUGGGGAGUAGAGACAGGGAGACAUGAAGCAGAUGUGAGCAUCAGGGGGUGAUUGUUAUGCCAGAGGGAGAAGAAGAGGAAAAAAAAAAGAGAAUCCUCAUUAUUCAGUACAUUUCCUGUGAGUUUUAACUAAUCCUUGUCCCAAGUUCCAAAUAAAUUUGAGCAAUGGGCAAAAGUAUCAAUCAGUCUCCCAGAAUUUCAUUUGAAUUGUUACCUUCCCGGGAGAGGCGCGGGCAGAUGAGGCACACACUUGCCUCUGGGUAUGAAUCAUGUGAAAUUGACGGCAGUUCACAUUAAGUGUCUAGACCACCAAAGUUUUGUUGGUAUUCCUCCUAAUUAAGUUAACCAUAAAGAGUUGGAGACAAGGUCACAUUAAGAACAAAUGGUAAAACACUAUGGGGCGAGAACGGGGUGAAGGUGUCCAUGAGGGUUGUCUUGCUGAGACUUUGCUGUGGUCCACCAAGGGCUGGAAAUAGGUGUAAAACCAGAUUGUGAAGUACAUUUUCCCAGGAAAAUAACAGAAGGUGUGUGUUGUUCAAAGAAGGAACAGGCUGUAAUGCUAAAGGCAUUUCAUUGUGAUACACAGCCAUGGAAUAACGUUUUAAGCCUUUAAACGUACUCUGAUCCUUUCAGGAUUUUUGACCUCUAGAAUGGAAUUUCUGAUAUCCUUUCAAAAGCUUAGCCUUUGAUGCCCUCUCUGGGAACUAAAAAGAUUUUUUGCUUUUGGAGAUACAUGAAGUGUUAGAUAUUUUCAAGAAAAAUAUUUGGGGGUUUGCUUAUUUUCAUCAUUUAAUACAAUUGCUUAGUUUUAUAAGCCCAGUGUCUGAGAAUAAGUUAUGUUUGGUAGAUUUUUGCACUGUGACUAGGGGAAAGCUUGUACUGCCAGUUAGAUUUUAGUUUUUAUGACAUAUCUUGUCAUCUGUAAUAGUAAAAAGGACUAAUUCAUAGCAAAAUUGCAGAAAUUAGAUUAUGUGACCUUAAGCUAUAUGUAAUGUUCAUAAAUUAGUAUUACUAUUCAGUGUUAGGUUGGUAGGUAUUUGAAUGGCUGGUCUGGGUGGUUCCAAGGCAUUUUCUGGGUAGAGUUUUAUGAAUUCAGGGUUCUGGCUUAGCAGCUUUACCUUGGAAAGCUGUCAUAUGUCUGAUUAAUUUACUGUACUUUGUUUGUCCUGGUGUGCUUAUGCUCAGUCUUUUACAUUUUGUUUCCUUCCAUCUUUGUACUCUUAGUAGAAGAUACCAUUUUACAAUGCUUGAUCCUUAUAAAACCACACUGAUUUUCUUGUUGUUUUAACUAAGUCUUAGUAAACAUAUCCUAUAUCAUAUGGAUGAAUCAUGUGGUCUUUUGAAAGUAGUCUUUUGUAAUUGAGCACAUUAUUGAAUCUGAAAAUACCAAGAAAUAUUACUUCUGACUGCAGAAGUUUGACUCAUAAUUGAAAACUCAGCUUAGAUCCAGGUAGAUAAUAAAGUCAAAUAUUAAUAACUGUUUUUUACAACUCCAUCUGAUGUGAAAGGAGUUUACUAACUUCUUUUAAAGAUAUGAAAAAUAAGUUAGUACUUCUAAGGUGCGAGACAAUGUUUAAUUUGCAAGUUUCACUGUACCAUUUACAUAAUAUUCAGUGUAUGUUAAUAUUUACAAAAGCUUUGUGAAAGCAAUGUUUGGCUUGUAAUAUAAAAAUGAAUCCCAGGAAAGAAUUAAUGGUCUGGCUACUUUAGGAAGAGCCCUGUUUGCAUGAUAACAGCUUCAUGGUGUUACAGACACCCUUUCUGAAAAGACGUAAGAAAAACUGAAAGAAUUCACUUGGACAGGAAUAAGAGCACUCGUUGAAAAGUUAGGUUGUUAGAAAUAACAUUGAAUGAAAUUAAUUUCCUAACCAGGUAUACAAAAUGGAGAAUAUCCAAUUUUCAAAAAAAAUACAUGGAAAAAUAAGUUAUAUGGUCCUGAACAAACUGAAAAUGAGUCAACCAUAUCACAUCUAAGUUUUAAACCUGGCCUUUAAUACUUGCAAAAUCAUUUGUAGUGGUAGUACUUUGUAAAUGUUUUGGAGAUAUCAACUAUGUAUUUUUUUUUCCACAUACUUGACUAACAUCAUGGCUGGUAUAGGUCCACUGGCUGGGCCCAGUUACAACAGUUUGCAGCCCAGUCCUGCACUGCUUUCCAUUAGAUUUACACUGGAAUGAGCUUGGACCACUGCCAUCAAGUGUCAGGGUCUCUUUCCAGCAGUGUAUGUGCAAUACGUAACAUUUUGAGAAGCAUCAGUCUGACUGGAAGCACAAAGCAAACCAGUGGAACAUGUAUAUCUGUGCUAUUGAAGUUAGUAAAUCUUAUCUAUAACUUUAAAUAUAUUAUAUGGUGCUCCCUGUACAAGGAGCUCCUGACAAGGCUCAGGUUGUUUUUUGAGAGCCGUGGGAACAGCACCUUUCCCUGCAGAUAGCAGAUCAUGUCUGUGCUGUACGCUCAGGGGCUCUUUUCUGCAGAGAUGAUCUAACGUUAAAGACAGGUGGUUCAGUGAAACAAAUAAUCUUACGUUCCUUUUGGUCUUUAUCAAGUAGUCCUACUUGGUCUAAAUCGGGCUUUAAGGCUAUUGUUUGCUCUAAUGCAAUUACACAUGUUUUUUUCUCAGACUGCAAUGAACCAGACUUUGGCAGCAAGACCGGAUAAGCCUUCUAUAGGCUUUAAAAGUGAACUGCAUUAUGCCAGUCCCUGGGAAAGUGUCUUCCUUGAAUAUGUUUAAUCCUCCCUCCCUUCCCAUCAUUUGUGGAUGAAACUAUCUAUGGCAUAUACUGACAGUUAUUCAAUUUAUGUCUUAACUAAGAAAGAAGAUUUUUUUUUUGCCUGUGCACAGUGUAGUGUACUUAGAGAUGUCUUUUUCAUUUACAGUGUGGGAAGUAAACCAUAAAUCUAUGAUAUUACUCUGUCUUUUUAGUAUUUCAAUAAGAACAUGAACAUAGUAAUUUCAGUUAAGGAUCUUCCCAGAUAGUAAAAAUAAGGUGAAGAAUUGUGUAAACACGCAGAUCUUUACCGCAGUUGUAAAGUACUGAAAAUAUUAAAAUCUUGCAAAAAAUGACACAGAAUCUUCAGUUAUAACAAUGGUGCUUAUCUGUAUCCAGUUCACUGGUUUUGUGUAAUAAUUCUGGAAUAUUUAAUGUUAAUUUCUGAGAUGUGCUAAAAUGUCUCUCAGCUUUGUCUUUUCAUGACAUUCAGUACUUCCAACUUCUAUUGAUACCACCUGCUGUUGAGACCUUUCAUUUUGUGAAGAUAAAUCAUUGAAAAAUGGAGUGCACUUGUGACACUGAGGAGAAACCCAGAUAUCUGUAAUUAAGGAAAGCUGCGAAUGCUCUUACUGUUACUGUGGGCUGCACAGAGCAACUUUCUGAUGUAGCCUGUGCAGCAAUGAUAGAGUAUUUCUGCCUGAGGCUGAGGCCCAAGUGUGCUACUGUGCUGAAACUGGGAAAGUAGGAUCGGAGCACUUUCUGUUCCAGUAAGGGUCUCUUAGAGUCUGUGUGCAUGUGAAAUGGCCUCCACUGUGCUCUGUAGAUGCUCUUGUUACACAGCAUUGGGAGGGCAAAGCUUGGUUGCUUCAUGCAGAACAGAUAUGACAGGCUCCUUAGCUUUGCAUGGUUGAUGAACAGUGCUGAGUGUGCCAGGAGUAAAAUAAAAUCAGACAAUACCUUACACAGAGGAAUGAUGCAACCCAAAGCCCCAGUAGAGCUGCCACUCCAUAAAUCUGGACUGAAGUUUGAGAAUGCUUCAUCCAUUGUUUUAUCAUAUAUCUGCAGAAGACUGUUACUGGAAAAAUAGAAACAAAACAGAAAGUAGUUUUGUGUUUCCUUUGUGUUUAUUUCAUCUUUUUUACCCAACUCAGUAAAUACCAACCAUGAGAUUGUAAAAAGAGGGUCAGUCAUUAAAAUCUUAAUUUUCCCUAGUCACAUUAUAGAAGUAAUAGCCACUUGAAAAUCCAGUUUCAACUCAGGAUUCAGAAGAGGGCAGAUGGGCUUUACUGUAACAUGUACCAACAAGAUAUCACCAUCCCAAAUGUGGCCCGCGUCUCAGGGCAGAAAACUACUGAAUUUUUGACAGUGGUUCUAAGUCUAGGGAUAGAUGGAGACAGGUCUGCAAUUGCUGGCAGAAUUCCUCAGAGGAACUGUUACACUUCCAUUUUUAACUAAGACAAUUCAGAAACAAAGGAAGAGAAGGCUUUCUGGGUUAAUGACUUCCACAUGCAUCACCUGGUCCUCUUGAGUAUGUCCAGUGAAGCCUUUCUUAAUCAUAAAGCACUUUCUCACCGGUAAAGGGCGCAUCUAUUUGGUUUCCAUAAGUUGUCAAAACUUGGGAUGUUGAGCAUUGAGAUUCAGAUUGGGAUUGGGAAUUAUUAGUGCCUAAUUAGUACAGUACUGUCUUUCUUUUUAAGAUCUGGCUAAAUAUUGCAGUUUGGAGGGAAGACAGGCAUAGGUCACCUAACAAAGUAAGGGGAAGUAGUUCUGUUCUAAGGCUGGCACAUCCUUUUGAUUUUUGAGGAGGAGAAAAGGACCUUGGGUAGCUUUUAUGGUCCUGCAAGAUUAAGAUUAAAAAAAAAAAAAAAAAAAGGAAAAAAACCAACAACAACAACAAAUCCCACCAAAAAAACCCCAAACAAACACAAAAACCCCACCAAACCAAAACCAAUCAACCAACAAAAACCCCAUCACUCCAUGUCUCUCAUUGGUGGUCUUAUCAGCCUGGAGCAACUUCAGUCUUCUGUGACUGUGGUCACACAAGAGAAACUGCUGUUAAUUCAACCCAACUUCUCCAGUCCUAAAGUCUGAUUCCUUCUUGACACAGGAGAGGAACAUUGUACCAUCCUUUUUUUGCUAAUUAUUAACACGUUCUCAUGGCCAGAAUGAAAUGUUCUUGGACACAGGUUCCUGAGAUGUCAGUGUGGCAGUAAGGAGGCACUUAUCAGGUCCACGUAGCCCCAAACUCUCCCUAAACAAUCAGAAGAGUAUCUAUUUAUCUGUUACUGCAGAUCUAGAUACAACCUGGCAUAAAAAGAGCAAAUAUCAACAAAAUCCUUCUGCUGUGAAACAGUUUUCAAACUGACCAUGAAAUUAUAAUAUACAGAGCCACAGGGUAGCUUUGGAUAAGGAAAACAAUUGGAAGCCACAUCAGACAUCUAAGUGUGGCUGGUGUGACAGGGUUUUUCCACCAACAGCUUCUUCUUGGUGGAACAGAAGUAAUAGCAAACUUAGCACAGUAUCCACAGAGGGUUGUAACAAAGCUUUAGGAGAGGUGCUACUCUCAUUAGAAACGAACUCUUUUAUGCUAUGUGACAAAUGUGAAAUUUGUCAAAUACUUAGUAUUGGUAACUGUCUAGAUACGUAGGGUCCUCAAAAAUGCUGCCAAAUAACUAUUUUAAACUGAAUACAAUGAAAAAAUCAGCCAUAAUUGAAACAAAAAGUAGUGAAGUUGUUACCUGUAGUGAGAAGUAGGUUAUGUGGCACAACCAGAUAAAAAUAAAAAUCCAAGUCAUUCAGCAGUAUAAAGUACAACACUAAAUAGCAGUGGCAUAAAAAACUUGUUCAAGAUGGUGUCUGGGGUGGCAUCAUUAAACACCUUUUUACUGAACUCUGAGGAAAGGUUCAGUACUUCAUGAUCCCGGACUGCAUGUAGUUUCCCAGUGUCUCUCAGUCCCAACUUCUGCGUGUGAGCACCCUUCAUGAGCCUACUACCACCUCCUCUAAUGAACUCUAUAGGUCUGAAAGGCUUGAGCACCUGGACAAAGUUAGGUAAGUCUCCUGACCUUAGGAAGAAAUGGAAAUGUGGAAGAAAGCUCCAUCCUGUACUUGGGGACAGAUUACAACUUCUUUGCUUCUAGUUAUGAAUUUGUGGUAGAAAUAUUACCUGUUGGGAUUUAAGAAAAAAGAAUUCUCCAGGACAGGGCUGUAAAGUUAUUCUGAGUGUCUAUUUUUCUCCCAUGGCUUCAAAAUCCUAGUAGGUAGGUGGAAUCAAGCUCCUUGUGGAUGUACCAUGCUCUUUGCUGAGGGAGAAAAGAUUACCAGAGAUGAAAAUGCUCAAAAUAAUUGUUGAAUGUUCACCCACUUGAGUAACACUUUAUGCGUAGCGCUCUGGGCAAGUGUUACACAUCUGCCAUUGGAGCCAACAAUUUUUGUGUGUCGUAAGAAGGUUAUACCAUUUGAGAACUGAUUAUAGUCUGUAGGGUGUUAUUAAUAGAAGGCAGUGUCAUCUCUGUUGACUUCUGUUUUAGUUUCCUUCAGUGCCAUGCUCUGCUCUGAGAAUUGUAUGGGUUCCAAAUACACCCUUAGUUGAAUGAAACUCUAGAGUUCAAGACUUUGUUCUCCCUCAUUAGUCAGCAUACUCAUGAAUCCACAGAUGUUAAUAUAUAUCAGGCCAAACCCAAAGUGACACAGAUGGCAGUUCAUUUGUUGACAGUAACUUCCAUAACAUUGCAAUUAUUUAAAAGUUUUUGUAUAUUUUGCAAUAUGAAAGUGCGUGUAUAGAUAGCAGUUAUGAGUGUAGAGCCUCACUACUAUAAAAGUACAUGUGCACUUUGCCACGUGUAGUAAUUUGUUUAAAAUUUCUCAAUAACCUCAGACACAGCCUUCCCCCUAACGCGUUUACAGGUAAUACAAAGGAUUCUACAGAAUGGCUUGAUGUAAUACUGCUUUUCUUCACUAAUCCAUGAAAAAUGACACAAUAACAUCUAUGAUGGUUCCCAUGUUACAUUUCUGAAGUCUAUGUCAUCAAAAUCAUAAUUCAGACAUCUGAAUCAGCUUUGAAUACCAAACACACAGAAAGUGUCAUUGUCUUUACAUAAAAUAAAGGUGGGACCCAACCAUUUUAGUCACAAAACCCCCAAAACACCCCCAUGCCAGAAUCCCCCAAAACUCUAGAAACAGACAACAAAAGACCCUCCACAUCCAUACCUUUAACCUCCUAAAAAGUAAAAAUAAAGGAAAUAUGACCUCCUGUGCCAUUUUUCCCUUUAAAUUGUAAAGUAUAUAAAUAGAAUAUGUGACUAUGACAUACUGCAGUAAUUUUCAUUAAUCUCAUGCCAACAAAUCACUUAGUAAAUUCUUUGAACAAAGACCCUGCUUCUACUUAGUGUGUAGCACAAUAACGACUAGGACCUUCUGGGUGAGACUGUAGAUGUUGCUGUGGUAUAAAUUGAUAGUGGUAACUGUGAAUGAGUUUUAUGUGACACUGUGGGCUCUUUCAAGUGUCUAUGUUAGAUAAACAUUUAGUACUUUAUGUUUAUGUAAAGCUAUCUGCUUAGAAACUUCUUCCUGAAUACAGCUGCUCCAAAUUACACGUCUCUUAUUUAUACUAGAACAUGUUAAGACAAAUGAUCACUGUGCAACUGCUGGGAAUUAAGUUAAUUUAGAUUAUUUUGCUGUAGGUUCUCGACUUUUGAAGACUUCUGAUUGAGCUCUCAGUGGGUUUGCCUUCCAGAAAAUUGCCCCGAUGAGAUUUUGGGGGCAGGUGUUAACUGUGGAAACCUACUUAGUAUUAAACAUACCUGUCUCGUUGCUACUGACUGUGGAGACGAUACUUUAUAUUUUUUUUUUUUUCUGGCCAUUGUUCUUCACAAAAGACCUAAUUGAAAAUAUCUGUCAAAUCAUGUCUCUGGUUUCCCUCUUCUUUCCCCACCAUUAAUUGGACAGGUAUUGUGUUUGUGUGGGAAGGAAGGAGGCUCUAUAGCAGUAUAGCAAUAUUGCUGGGAAAAAGAACAUUAAAAUGGAUAAAGGGAUUUCCUAGAGGUAUAAAUACCUGCACACGACCUCCCUGUGCUCUGGAGCCCUCCUGUAUAUGUAUACGCAGGUAAAAAGCCUAGAAUACAGUUUGAGCUGCCGUUAAUCACGCUGGAUCUGUUCUGUUAGAAAACAGGGGCAAGUGGCUCUUUUGCUUGUUGGAGGGUAUGACUUGCCAAGCAUUUGCUUCAUCUGACACCUUUGUACCCUUGAAUUCUGACUCUUCUACCUCUCUGCCUCUGAUAAUGCAUCACAGCGCCGCAGAGUGCCUGCCAGUUUCUAACCAUGCCACCAAUGUUAUGUCUACAGUUCUGCAAUAUUUACAGUGUUUGGUAUCAAUGCCGUACGUCAGAUUGGGACUACAUUAAAGUAGAAGCAUUUUCACAAAACUGCAUGAUGAGUGAAUCAGGCCUUCAUUACUCUGUGCCUUCCUGUCAUUAUGGAAAUCAGUCGUCGACCUAUGGGGUGAUGGCAGGCAUCAAGCCUGCAACUCCAGAGAUGCUAUCAGCAAGUCUCUCCCAGAGUCGCAUCUUACAGACAUGCAGCAUGCCACAUCCCAAUGUGGUAAACAGUGUCAGCACCUUGCAAAGUAGCCUGACCCCUUGCCUUUAUAAAUUCCCGGAGCACGCCCUGAGUGCCAGCUCAUGUGCCUUGGGCCACAGCUUUGCGCCCAUGCACCAGCCCCUCCUCACAGACGAUCCCACCGCCGCAGACUUCAAGCAGGAGUUCCGCAGAAAAAACAAGUCUGUCGAAGAGCCCAUUGACAUGGACUCCCCCGAAAUCAGGGAACUGGAGAAAUUUGCUAACGAAUUUAAGCUGCGGAGAAUUAAGUUGGGUUACACGCAAACUAACGUUGGAGAAGCACUGGCUGCAGUGCAUGGCUCUGAAUUCAGCCAAACUACUAUUUGCCGGUUUGAAAACUUGCAGCUGAGCUUCAAGAAUGCAUGCAAACUGAAAUCAAUACUGUCCAAGUGGCUGGAGGAAGCAGAACAAGUAGGAGCUUUAUACAGUGAAAAAGUUGGAGUGAAUGAGCGGAAGAGGAAGCGCAGAACCACCAUAAGUAUUGCUGCCAAAGAAGCCCUAGAGAGACACUUUGGAGAACAAAGUAAGCCUUCUUCUCAGGAAAUUAUGAGGAUGGCUGAAGGGCUCAAUCUUGAGAAAGAAGUUGUGAGAGUUUGGUUUUGCAACAGAAGACAAAGGGAAAAGAGAGUGAAGACAAGUUUACAUCAGAAUGCCUUUAGUUCUAUUAUCAAGGAGCAUCACGAAUGCCGGUAAAGCUUUUCCAUAUAUAGAAGUGGUUUUCUGGGGUUUGCUUUGCGUUGUUGGGUUUUGCUUUCUUUUUUGUUUGUUUUGUUCUGUUUGUUUGUUUGUGGUAAAUAUUGUACAUAUUGUUAAAAAAAGAGAAAGUGUUUCUCUUACAAGCUAGCCAGCUUCAGAUGUUGUGUGUUGUGGAAGACAUGAUUUCAAUGUAAAGGCUGGAAACAAAUUAAAUGCUACUGCAUAUAUUUAAAGAAUUGGAGGUCUCUGCUUAACUGCAUUGAACCUAUUAUGUGUUAUUCAACUAGAGAUGCUUUCCAAAUUGCACAAGUAGUUGCGGUUUCCCUAUGCUGUGCCUCUUUCUUGCCUCUGUGUUACAUUUACUGAUUAAUGGAGAACACCAUGUAUAACAGGUACACUAUGCAUCAGGAAACAAAGCCUUCUUAGUGUUGUGUGUGAAGAAAGGUUACAAAGCUUGAUACCAGCAGCUACAGUAUUGAAAAUAUGUUGCCUCUGCAUGUGCUAACUAGCUUAACUCCACUAACCUGUGUGAGAUUUUUAAGCCAUGAGGCACAUGGCAGGGUCCCAUCUCCAGUGGUGAACGCUGAGCUCAGCAAACAGAGCUCACAAAUUUCUGAGUAAGAAAUUAGAACUUCAGAGCAGAGAAAGGGAAUAAGUGUCCUCAAAGAAGCAGUGGUGACAUUGCUGAACAUGUAGUUAUGGCCAAGAUGGGAUCUACCCAUGGGAUCUCGUGAGAUAGAGACAGGCAGGGGAACGCCAGCUAAAGAACUGCCUUUCCAAAGGACAGCUCAGACUCAGCGACCCACUCACAACAGCUGCACACUGCUGAGUGGAUCGUUCCAGGCAAAUUCACUCUGUAAGUUCAGGACAAAGCCAUCAGAAAUGUGCCAGAAUUGCUGUCAUUGUUUAAGGUAGUGUAAGCUUACCAGUACUGAGGUGUCAACGCUAUUCCUACUGUGUGCUCUGUCUCCAUGUACCACUUGACUGCCUUAAAUGAAUGCCAAGUAGAAGCAACCUUUUUUAUGCUUGUGAUCAAAGAUAAUUCUUGCUUAUGUAUUAUAUACCUUAAAGUUUGAUUUGGAUAUGUUUAGCUAUAAAAAUUGGGAUAAAAUUUACCUUGCCUUAAGCCUUUGUGACUUGAAGGGAGAAAAACUAGAGAAUUAUCAGGGUUUUUAUUCUUUGGGCCUUCUCUGCAUUGUGUUUUUUCCUAAUUAAAUCCAUGUGUGGACAUAUUUACAUCAGAGAUAGCAUGUUAAGUUGUGCUCUUGUGCUCUGAAAUAAGUAUCCGUAGAAAGCAUUUGUUGCACUGCAUAUUCCCACUCUCUUCCACCUCACUAACUGAAAACAAUCCCUUGCCAUUCUCUAGCCUAGAGAGAUAAUUGGGGAAAACAAACAAACCAACAAACAAAAAAACAGUGCCAGAACUCCCCCUAACAGAAAGCCAGGCACUGAGAAACUGAAUUAAUGACUGUAGUACUCAUCAGGGAUAGAUUAUCCAGCCAUCUCUUCAGCCCCGCUCAUUAUUAUUAGAAUAGCCCAUUACCAUAUAUGUGUUUUUGACUGUUUUCCCAGGGCUGAAAUUAAGUGAGUACAUGCAAGUUGUAAUGGCCAGAUACAUUUUAUUUUUCCAUAAAACAGAUCUGAUGAUUUAGAAAAUGUCUAGAUAAUAGGCCCACAGAAAGCAGAAGGAGCUUAAUGUUCAAGAUCCCUUAGAAGCUGUGUGUACAAGUUAAGUGUUCUCUCUCUAGUGUACAUUAAAUUAUCUCUGAUACUUGUUACAGUAACCAUAAGCAUAGUCAUCUAUGGAAAUUAGGCUCCUGGAUUAAAAAAAACACCACCACCACCACCACACUUUUAUGGAUGAAUGCAUUACUAUAACCCCCAUAAAUUUAGAAUAAAACUUCAGUUUAAUAACUCAAAGGAAAGAAAUUGUGUUUUGUACUCUUUUCAGGUUGUUCUCAUCACUAGCAUAGCUCACCCACUACAGCAGAGAAAGACCAAGCUGUAGCCUUUAUCCACAGAUUACGAACUUUCUAAAAGGAUGGAAAAUAAAUACAGCUGAGAAGAUCAGCAUUCAGUAAAGGUGGUGGCAUGCAUUUGUGUACCUUUGAUGUUAACAUGAUCUGAUGUUAUAUAUGUUGAAACUCUGGGAAAUAUAUAAAUCUUAUUUAUAAUCUUAGCUAUUUUCUUAAUUAUGAAAGGCUUCCUAGAAAUUCUAUAAGCCUGUACUUCCCCCUUCCCAAUAAAGUAUUCUUGCAUAUUUUGUAUUUUCAGGUAA